ACUCCGGGAUAAGAGACUAAUCCGACGCUGCUCACCCAUGCUCGAGUCCAUCUAAUCAGCACCCGCUAUAUAAGAAGGCAUCGACGAACGAGAAAAGCUCGAAAAAACCUGCCCCAGCUCAGCUCUUCCCAACACCAGAACGGUGUUCAACGCGGUCGCUGGCUACAAAGGCAUUUCAACGUUCUCAGGAGAAGAGAAUCAAAUUGGACUUACUAGCAGCAGUACUUGGAUUCGUUGCUUGGACGUUACUGAAUGGAUCGGAAACUAGGGUUUUAACACCAUGAGCUAAACCGUAGUGACGACUCUCUCAGAGUUCGACCUCAGAAUGAAGCUGAACCGCGAGAUUGUUCGUUCCACGAAGCUGUUCAAGUACGUUUUGCUUGGAUUAAUUGCUUUGCUCGGAUUGAUUUGCCUGUAUAACGGUUCAGUGUUCGCUCCUCGUCUGCCGCGAGCCGACGACGCUACCAACUUAGACGACGGUACUGAUCCGGUCAUCGGAAGUUUUCUUCACAAGCGGGACUACUUCGAUGAGUUGUUUGAAGACCAAGAGCACAAUCCCGAAGGCCCUAAAUCCAUACCAAUAUGUGAUAGGAGAUACUCGGAAUUGAUACCGUGUUUGGAUAGAAAUCUGAUUUAUCAGUUAAAAUUGAAGCCUAAUUUGACUCUAAUGGAGCAUUAUGAGCGGCAUUGUCCAUCUCCCGAACGGCGCUACAAUUGCCUUAUUCCACCUCCAGUUGCUUACAAGGUUAGUGAUUGUUAUUAACUCCACUCUGUUUAUUUGUGAAGAAGAUAUACUAAAAUUAAAGAUCUGAAUCUUGAAUUUUGGAUUAUUAUUACUUGAUGCCAAAGAAGAUAAAUCUCUUAAAUUAACUAAACCUCAUAUAACUUAAUGGCUUAGUUUGAAAUCAGUCAAUAUAUUUCCUUCCCUUUUUUUUUUACCUGUUUUUUCGGUGUUCCCUGGGAGUUAUAUACCAAAAUUUUGUUUUGAAUUAAAUACUUUUGAAUCCAACGAGGUUUUUGUAAGAAUACCAGAUCCCAAUUAGAUGGCCUGCGAGUAGGGAUGAAGUUUGGAAAGCAAACAUACCACAUACACAUCUUGCACUAGAGAAAUCAGAUCAGAAUUGGAUGGUUGUGGAUAGCGAUAAAAUAAAGUUUCCUGGCGGGGGAACACAUUUUCAUGAUGGAGCUGAUAAGUACAUUUCUGCUAUUGCUGGGAUGCUUAAGUUUCCUGGUGAUAAACUCAACAAUGCUGGAAAUAUUCGCAAUGUACUCGAUGUGGGCUGUGGGGUUGCAAGUUUUGGGGCGUAUCUUCUUCCUCUCGACAUAAUAGCUAUGUCAAUUGCACCUAAUGAUGUGCAUGAGAAUCAAAUACAGUUUGCACUUGAGAGGGGGAUCCCAUCUACUUUGGGUGUCUUGGGGACCAAAAGACUACCUUAUCCGAGUAGAUCAUUUGAACUAGCUCAUUGUUCUCGUUGUAGGAUUGAUUGGCUUCAGAGAGAUGGGAUUCUUUUAUUAGAACUGGACAGAUUACUUAGACCAGGAGGUUAUUUUGUUUACUCGUCACCAGAAGCUUAUGCUCAUGAUGCGGAGAAUAGAAGAAUUUGGAAUGCCAUGUAUGACUUUCUAAAAAGGAUGUGCUGGAGAGUUGUUUCAAGGAGAGACCAGACUGUCAUAUGGGCCAAAUCACUGAGUAAUAGCUGUUACUCAAAGAGAGAUCCUGGGACCCAUCCUCCCUUAUGCAGCUCCAAUGAUGAUCCAGAUGCAACUUGGAAUGUGCUCAUGAAGGCAUGCAUCACCCCAUACUCGACAAAGAUGCACAAGGGAAAAGGGAGUGGGUUAGAGUCUUGGCCGCAAAGGCUUACAGCAGCACCACCUCGCCUUGAAGAAAUUGGUAUCAGUCCGGAUGAAUUUCGAGAAGACACUAUCUUAUGGCAUUACAGAGUGAUUGAGUACUGGAAGCAGAUGAAGUCUGUUUUACAGAAGAACUCCUUCAGAAAUGUAAUGGAUAUGAAUGCAAAUCUUGGUGGGUUUGCAGCUGCUUUAAAAGAUAAAGAUGUUUGGGUGAUGAACGUUGCUCCCAUCAAUGCGUCUUCCAGAUUGAAGAUAAUUUAUGAUCGAGGCUUGAUUGGAACAGUUCACGACUGGUGUGAAUCAUUUUCUACAUACCCACGCACCUAUGACGUUCUUCAUGCAUGGACAGUCCUGUCAGAGAUUGAGCGUGGCUGUAGCACAGAAGAUCUGCUGAUUGAAAUGGAUCGUGUGCUACGGCCAGAAGGGUUUGUCAUCAUAAGAGACAAACCUACUGUCAUAAACCAUGUCCGAAAAUUCUUGGCUGCCUUGAGAUGGGAUGGUUGGAUAUCAGAAGUAGAACCAAAGACCGAUGUGCUCUCGUCAAAAGAAGAAAGAGUUUUGAUUGCAAGGAAGAGACAGUGGGAGGAGGGAGUUCCAAUACUGUGAAUCUGCUUUCUUGAUUGGGCGCCACCACAGCUGUAAUUUGGAAGCCCUUUACAGGAAUAAGGAAAAAGACGGAACUGGACCCAGUUGCAGCUUCAAUUGCCUGAAACCAUAUAGAGAUACAACGAGCCUGUUUAAAGUGCAGCCAUAUAGAGAUACAUCUGUUAACAAUCACCACCGAAGCAAGCUAAGGUUUUCACACAUUAUUAGUGGAUCUGUAUGUAUUUAGAUGUACUUUUCAUGAGAUUAAUUUUGCCUUGAAGGGUAGCAUGGCAUUUUCCCAAACUUCAUUUUUCCCUUAAUUUCGACCAUCCACGGUGCACUCGUAAGAGUUCCCUGUACUGUGCUUUUGGCAAAACAGAGAACUGCCACUGAAGCUUGUCAUGUUCAAGUUGUAGUUUUGAUAGUGGAUUAUUCUUCUGAAAAUCUUUUUCUACAUUUGAAGCCAGGUAAAAAAAACCUGCAAUCGCCUAAUUGGUUGUUAUAUGGUUCUUUGUGACGGUGUAGUUUUGCAGAGUUCGCCCUAUUCAAUGGUUUCAAGUUGAGGGAAACUCAUGUAUCGUAAUGUGCUUCCUGAUUCAAAGCUAUCAAUAACCAGCUUCCUUUUGCCCUUAUUGCAGCAUAUGCAGGGCUGCAAAAUAAAGGAAUCCAGUUCCUCAGCAGAAGAACUAGCUAAAAGAUUCCAAUAUCCUUUUUUCUGUACCAAGAAAUUGGUUUACAUGGAUUUCUUCCAUCACAAUCAUUGAAUAGGUAGUAAAUUUC